AUGUUCAUUACUCUUCGCGUCCGAAACUAUCGCUUCUCAGUGCUCGAACCGCUCUGGGCGGCCGAGAAUACGGCACGAUUGUGGACGAAACUGUUUCCCUCUUAUGCGGCGUGAGUUACCCGUAGAGCGCACUUCCGAUUUACCCCUCACAUGUUGCAGGUUCACGGAAAUGCGAAACAACAGACUUCCGCGGAUUCCCGGAACGAAUCAGUACGAUUUCGACACGAUAACUCUGCAAUUGCAUACGGAUCCACUUGAAUAA